UUUCCGGCUGAAGUUUUUUGUGUGGUCGGAAGUCUGAUUCAGGGACGGUAGUACGCUUAUCAACCGUAAAUACAACAGCAAUCACAGUAAUAAUUAAGAAAUUGUGUGUGUUCAUUAGAGGUGCAUGAAAGUGACAGCACGCCCUAAAAUAAGUCCCACUCUUAAGUGUAUUGAUAGUUUGCUUACUAGACAAUUACUGGUAGCCUACUAAGUUGCAGGUUGAGACGCCUGCGAGCAUAUUGCGGUGUCGGGCGCUAGCUAGACAGCUGGCUAGGUUUUAGUUAGGAGGCAUUAAGCACUGGGGAGGGGAGGUGGUCACAAAAAAACAAUUGUUAGAUUUCUGUACAGACGUGGAAUAGUAUCGAAAGUAACCCGUGGCACUGCACAUCGAAGUGUCUCAGUAAACAUUUCCCCUGCAGAAAUGGAAAUCCCCAUCCUCUUCUCAUACAGGAAAUAAGCCAGGUCUGUGUGACGCCAUCUCCCCGUCACCCUGGCGACGCUGGAGCCGCAGGGCGCGGAGGAGCUCAGCCCUGGCACCAUGGUGACUGCCUCGGCGCCGGGCUCCGCCCCCAGCCCGCAGAGCGAGGUGGUAACCAAUGAGCUGCAGGAGCUGUCGCUCCAGUCAGGCCCCUGUCUGCUGCCCUUGAAAGAGAGGAAGAAUGUGCUCCAGCUCAAACUGCAGCAGAGACGCACCCGGGAGGAGCUGGCCAACCAGGGAAUCAUGCCCCCACUGAAAAGCCCUGCUGCCUUUCACGAACAGAGAAGAAGUCUCGAGCGAGCAAGGACUGAAGACUACCUGAAGAGGAAGAUCAAAACUCGGCCAGAGAGAUCAGAGCUUGUAAGGAUGCACAUAUUGGAAGAGACGUUGGCGGAGCCCUCCCUCCAGGCCAAACAGCUGAGGCUGAAACGAGCGCGCCUGGCGGACAACCUCAACGACAAAAUCUCCCACCGCCCCGGGCCCAUGGAGCUGAUGCAGAAGAACAUUCUCCCUGUCCUCCGCUGCCGCCUGAAACACAGCACCGCAGAGGGGGCCGCUGAGAGCUCCUCACUGGACGAGGACAGCAGCGACGCCCUCUCCCCAGACCAGCCGACCAACCACAGCUCACCCCUGGAACACGCCUCGCUGCCCUCGCCCCCAGACACGCUGACUCACUGCAGCAACCCCUCCCCCACACAGUUUCUCUCUCAGAUCCCACUGCUCUCCCUCUCUGAGCCCUCCCUGCCCCACAGGCUGACCAAUGGGACGUCGCCUCUGAGGGGGUCCCGCCCCUCCGCUGGGGUGACCAAGGCGCGUUCGGACCGGCCCUCUCAGCGCUCCAAGAAGCUCCGCGACAGCAAGCCCAAGGUGAAGAAGCUGAAGUACCACCAGUACAUCCCGCCGGACCAGAAGGCCGAGCGAGAGCCGCCCCCUCCCAUGGACGACUCCUACGCCAAGAUCCUGCACCAGCAGCAGCUCUUCCUGCAGCUGCAGAUCAUCAACCAGCAACAGCAGCACUACAACUACCACACCAUCCUGCCCGCUCCGCCCAAACCCUCAGAGACGCCAAACACCAGCCCCUCCCGGUCACGGAAUGCGCCUGCCUCAUCCACGGCCUCGUCCAAUCAAAGUGCCCCGAGCCGUCAGAGCCAGGCUUCCGUGGGAGGAGCCAAACCAGGAAGCUUGCCUCCUAACCUGGAUGAGUUAAAGGUCGCUGAACUCAAACAGGAACUGAAGCUGCGCAGUCUGCCUGUGUCGGGCACCAAGAGCGACCUGAUCGAGAGGCUGAGGUUAUACCAGCAGCUGAACGGGGUCCGGGCGGGCGUGGGAGGGGCGUCCAGGACCGGCGCCCCGAAAAACAGCCCAACCCGACUACAGCAUGCCCAACCUGCUGCCCUGUCCCCUUCCCAUGGGGACACCCCCAUCUUUCACCACUCAGGGGAGAGGGGCUUGAUUUUAGCGAGUCUGCCGGCGCUGGCCACACCCGGAACUCCAAAUCCCAUGAUGCACCCUGGCAGCACAAGUUCCUCCCCGCCGUUGUCGCCCACCUGCUCGGAGCGCUCGAGCGCAGGGAUGAGCAUGGAUGAGACCAGCUGUAACGGGGAUGUGUUUGGGGAAAUGGUGAGCUCCCCCCUCACCCAGCUGAGCCUGCACCCGUCGCCCCAGAGAGAGAGCGGCAGCCCCGCGUCCUCCUCCGCCGCCUGGCUGCUGUCCCAGCAUUCCCCUCUGUCGCAGGACAAGGACCUGAUGCUGCGGGAGAAGGACCGGCGGAUCGAGGAGCUCACGCGCAUGCUGCAGCACAAGCAGCGGCUGGUGGAGACGCUGCGCUCUCAGCUGGAGCAGGGCAAGAUGGCCGCCGCCCCGGCCCCCGUCAAGACCGAGCCCCCGGAGCCCCCGGAGAGCCCCGGGGACACGGCCGUCGAGGAGGAGGAGGAGGAGGAGGAGGAGGAGCUGGGGCCGCGGGCGGGCCGAUCGCGGCCGCAGGUGCGGCACGGGCCAGUGGACCAAUCGCGGCCGCAGGUGCCGCUGCAGCAGAGGCCAGCGGACCAAUCGCAGCAAGAGCUCCAGCUGCAGCAGAGGCCAGUGGACCAAUCCCAGCUCCAGCAGUUGCUCGUGCAGCAGGGGCAGAAGAGGCAGGCGCAGCCGCAGUCUGAACAGAUGUCCCCGGUGUUCCUGGGUUCGCAAUCCGGCACCCCGGACCCCGCCCCCUCGUUCUCAUUGGACCUCUUCAAGGCUCAUCCCACCCCGACCCUGCUGACCGACAGCAACGGCAACCACUACCUGAUCGCGGUGACCAGUCAGGGUGUGGCGGGGCAGCGGAACGGAUCCCCACAGGGAAAGGUCCCCGGCCGCAUCACACUGCAGAGACUGCCCUCCUCUCCCAGUAAGAAUCCUGUCCAAUCAGCCACUCAGCCAGCCAGUACGGACAGCCAAUCAAAGCAGGCACUGCAGCCUGGUCUCGUCACUCAGCCAACCAGAAAGGGGCAGAAGCCAGGACUGCACAUUGUGAACAGCAGUUCUCAGGAGGCGGGCUUGUCUCUCUCUCCAGCCAAUCCGCCGGCUUUCUUUCUCAGCGAUGAGUCUGCGCCCUCUGGAGGCCACACCCCCUCCUCUCCCACCCCCAAGCUGAUUGGAGAGGGGAGCUCCAGUCUUGACCAGCACACUUUGUUCCAGCCUCCUUCCCCAGCCCGCAAACAGACCUACAGCUCCACACAGCGCAAGCAGAACGGCUGUAGCCAGCACAUGGACGACCUGUUUGACAUCCUCAUGCAGAGCGGAGAACUGUUGUCGGGCCCGAAAGCAGCCCCGGACCCCUCCCUGUCCCGCCUGCAUCCCAGCAGCCCCUCUAUCCCGUCCCCCACCCCCUCGCCCCCCAGCCCUGCCGGGCCCCUCACCUCCCGCGGGGCCCCGGAGAAGACGGCGGUGGCCCCGCGCGCGCCCGGAGGCGGGGGCAGGACGUGUGCAGGAAGUGGCCGUCUGGAGGACUUCCUGGAGAGCACCACGGGGUCGCCUCUGAUAGGGGUGGAGCCCGACGCGCCGCUGACUCUGAUCGACGACCUCCACAGCCAAAUGCUGAGCACCUCCAGCAUACUGGACCACGCCCCGACGCCCAUGGACACCUGCGAGCUCGGCUUCACCCCCCAGCCCCCCUGGCCCGAUUUCGGAGACUCCGCUCUGGACAGCAUGGACUGGCUGGACGUGGGCACGAGCGGCGCCGGGGGGGUGGGCCUCGCCCCUCUCAGCUCACACAUGCCCCCCAGCGUGUUCUCUGUGGACUUCCUGGACAGUCCUGACCUGCAGCUCCACUGGGACUCCUGACCUGCAGCUCCACUGGGACUCCUGACGUGCAGCUCCACUGGGACUCCUGACCUGCAGCUCCACUGGGACUCCUGACGUGCAGCUCCACUGGGACUCCUGACGUGCAGCUCCACUGGGACUCCUGACGUGCAGCUCCACUGGGACUCCUGACGUGCAGCUCCACUGGGACUCCUGACGUGCAGCUCCACUGGGACUCCUGACGUGCAGCUCCACUGGGACUCCUGACCUGCAGCUCCACUGGGACUCCUGACCUGCAGCUCCACUGGGAAGGCCAUACUCACAGACCCAUCCUCACAGACCCACAAUCACUCACAGACCCACAUUCACUGACAGGCACAUACUCAGUCUUUUUCACUGGCACAUACUCAGUCUUUUUUUCUGUACUCAAACAGUGUUGACUUAAUAUGGUUCUGGUUUAUCGCCCAGCCCUGGUCUCAUACGCAGAUUCUCCAGGGAUACAUGCAGCCCCUUCAUUUGCGCACACAGUAUUUUGCACCGAGUCAUUAUGCACCGAGUCAUUAUACCCCCAUUAUACCCAUUAUACACCUGCUGGCCUUUUAGCCUCUGAGUCUGCGCUGUACUGAAUGUGAGAGCUGUUUUCCCCUCACUAUACUGGACUGUCCUGUUUCAGCACUUUGCCGAGGAGAGGCCGUCAAGGAAUCGCAAACUCACAGUACAUGCCUUCAUUUUUCAUUGGAAGACAUGUAAGAUGCAUUUUUCUGGUUAUGUUUUUGUGUGUUCAUCCAAACACAACGCUAAACGCAGGUGUGGCGUUAUUCGGUUUCGACCCGGUCAGAGGCCGGUCUCAGUCCAGCCCAGUUUGGCCUCGGUGAUUUAGUGCCCUGGAGUGAGGUUUGGGUCCACAGUGGGGUGUAGUGUUUUGGAGUUUUGGACUCGGGCUGGGGCUGUCGAGCUGGCUGGGUUUGGUGGCGUCUGUAUCCGGGGCUUGGAUUGGUCUCACACGGACAGAGGUGUACACUGUUAGCUGACUUGCGCUGCGCCGAGCUGUUCGUGUGUCUUCGGCCCGACACUGAGCAGGCCCAGCGCAGGGAGGAGAGUAGCAAAGCGUGGUGAACUUCCACAUAUUCUCACUUUCAGAAUCCCUCUUCACUUAUCCUCCAUCCCUCCAGCCAUCCCUCCUCCAGCCCACACCGUUUCACCCCUGGCAGUUUGAGUGGAGCUGUGAUGAGGAGGGGAGGGGGGCGGUGUCGUGUGGAUUUAUUUUUGUACUCACUGGCACCACCUUGUGGUGGAUUGGUGUAAAAGAGGGAAACAACCAGAGGGCCCCAAACCCUAAACUGCACUUAAGCUUGUUUGGUGUGCUUGGUCUGGUUGGGCUACACCGACGCAGCGAUUUAACUAGAACCUACUGUAUUGCUGUAUUUGGGGUACAUUAUCUAUUCAUAUUUUUUUCUGAUUGUAUAGAUUGAUAAUAAAUUAGUGGGUUGGGGAAUAUGGUGUAUAGGCUAAGGUUCAGACAUGCUUGGACAUUGUAAAAAAAUUUUAUUAAAAAAAUUUGAAAAACUUUGAAAAUGA